GAUUGGCUGUUCCAGUAGCGGAAGUUGCGUUUCACUUCGCUGUUGCAAUGGACCUGUGACAUCACUUCCGCAAAACCAAAGCUAGCGUUGUUUAUUUACUUAUUUAUUUAAAAUAAACUCUUGACUUUGCUAGCUAGCGCAGAGGUAAGUGAGCAGCCACGCAGAGCAGAUGGGGAGAGCCGCGGCCUCUCAGCACUCGGUGUCGGUCUGUGUUGAUAAGCUCGCCGCGCCGCGCGGACGGCGCAGCUUCUUCCCAGCCCGUCUUCCUCAGUGACCCGCUCCCUCCGGGAUUAUGCUGACCGUCGUCGCCCUGCGCGCGCAGAUCGCCUCCGUGGUGGACGCGCUGUCGAAGGCAGCCGUGGCGGAGAUUUCUAAGGUGGUGGAGGAUGGCAUCGCGGCGCUGCGGAUGGAAAUGUGCCACCGAGAGGACGAGAUCCAGAAGCUGAAGCGCAGCGUCCAGGUUCUGCACAGCGAGCUGGGGGCUGCUCGGAAGCCGGUGACCCUGUGCCCCGAGCCCCGCGGCAGAGAUGAAAGUCAAAGUUGUUUUGGCAACGGGAGGACAUUUCCUGAUGAAAGCUACAGCUCCUUGCCUGCUCCUCAAGUUCAGGUGAAAAGUGAACCCAUGGAAGGGGGAGGCGAGGAGAGCAGGAGGGAACCCGACAAGCUGACGGGAGGAUUUCUGCAGGAAGGUGGACCCUGGAGACACGAGGCUGGAUGCAGCAGCUCAGAUCAUUUAGCUUUGCCGUGCCCUCCCGAGUCCUCUUUUGGCAGAAGUCUGGACGUGUCCUGCGGUGGUUCUGGGGGGUUUCCGCCGAACCCGUUCAGUCGUGGUCUGCUGAGUUUCAGCCAGCAUCGAAACGCAGCAGCUCGCAGAACGUCUGUCAAGAGGCUGAUGUUUAAGAAAGGAUUUUUUUGUCCGUACUGCGGCAAAUACUUUGAGCGCUCCGGGCACCUGGAGAGACACAAGAGGAUUCACACCGGCGAGAAACCGUACCUCUGUGACGUCUGCGGAAAGCGGUUCAAUCAGAAAUGCAGCCUGAAGGAGCACACCAAGAUUCACAAUCGAUAUAUUUCAUCUAAACCAAGUGAGAUCCAAGUGAGCCAGACAAACCAGAACCCUGAGGUGAACCAGUGCUCUGAAGUGAUCCCCCCCAGAGGAGAAAGUCAGGAGAAGACUGAAGAGUGCCAAGUAAAAACGGAGGAUGCUCUGCCCACACCUGUACAAGUCAAAUCUGAGCCUGUGGAGGAGCACAUCCCUCUGCCUCAACAGGGACCCGAGGAGGCGACGGACGGAGCCGAAAUCCUCGAUGAAAAACCCCCCAUGCCAGAGAGAGACAGCAAACUGUGGAUGUCCACCUCCCAAAACCACCAGGAGCUGAGCAGCACCGCAUUACCCAGCAGCUCCUCGCAGGAUUCCAGCUCCUUCCCUGCCGUAGCCCAAACACUUCCCGCCCCUGCUGAAGCCUCGUGCAGCGGUUUUUCUUUCCCAGGAGAAGGAUUAGAGAAGCAGAAGACGAGCGACAUCUGCCAAAGCCCCUAUGGCUCAUCAGAAACUCUUCUGAUGGCGAGUGAGGCGGCGGAUGCCCAACAGCUGAGGAAGAGCAGGUCGUUUCAGGUGAUUAGACCAAAAAAAUGCUUCACCUGUCCCUACUGCGGCAAAAUCUUCGAGCGGGCCGGACAUCUGGAGCGACACCUCCGGAUUCACACCGGCGAGAAGCCGUACGGCUGCCACAUCUGUGGGAGGUGCUUCAACCAGAAGAGCAGCCUCAAGAGCCACAUGAAGACGCACAGGAACGGGGAAAUCCCAGACGUGCCAGAGGCACAUCACCUGGUCUUCUCUAUGCCAGAUCAUCAGCUGCUGGAGAACUUCAUGGACACCAGCAGUCGGGCGGCAGCUGGGGAGGAACCUCUUGCGGGCGGCGCGUACAUGGAGACACUCCAGGAGGACGCUGCAGGAGCAGAGCUGGAGCCCAGCAGAGAAGACUUUCACCCUCUCAGACAGAUCAGGACAGACGACGCCACAGAAGCUGCAGACGACCGUCAGCUGUGGACGUCCCCGGUAGACGGAAACCCUGAACCCACAGAUGGCUGCAUGUUUCUACGAGACGUCGAGCUUCCCUCCAGCUCAGCCGCAGGAGCAGCCAGGGAGCAGCAGGCAUGCCUGUCAGCGGUUCAAGACCUCGGCUUCAUGGGCAGCAGACGGAAGGAGGACGUAAUGCACGAAAGUCACCACUCGACACGGAUCUGUGACAUCACUCCUGUUUCUGAGCCUCACCAGGCAUCUGUGAAUGACUACGGUUCUGUAAGUAGACGGACAUUUGAAAGAAACUUCCUGGACUUUAAUAUUUCUGCUUCAGCCGACCAGGAGGACAGCUGCGGCCACGAUGCUGCCGGACAAAACAAUUUCAUUUGUGCCAGUUGUGGGCAAAGCUUUGAUCAGUUCGGUGCAUUGCAGCAACACCAGUGUGAAAGAUUACUAGAGAAGGCCUUCAUCUGCGACAUCUGUGGGAAAGUGUUCAACCAGAUGAGCAUCCUGAAACUGCACCUUAAACUGCAUGUCAAGUGAAUUCAUGGCUACAUACUACAAUAAAGAAAUCAAACAAU